AUGUUCGCAUCGACGUCAAUUUCAGCGGCGGCGAACGUCUCGCUGCUGCUGUCGGUGAUGAUCUCCUUGUUGAUCUAUCAUUCCGUUUUCGUCGGCGUCGCCUUCACUCAAUUCCAACUUUUCUCGCCGCAUAUUGACCGACAACCAUCAACAACGCUCAAACUUUCUUCGGCCCCUAAUGAUGAACUUACAGGUAUGAAAAAACAUUUUUUUUUCUCGGUUCUAGUUUUUUUCCGCGUUUUUUGAAAGUUCGUUUUCAGCGCAGUUUCAGAUGCUAACUUCAGGAUUUUCGGCCCAAGCGCUACAUUAAAAUUUUGAUGAUUCGAAAAUUGAAAAAAUCCACUUUCAGAGUCUAUUGUUUUUUAACAAACCAGCUUCGGGUGUAAAUUAUUUUUCAAAUGCCCUCUAUUGCUCAUUUUUAGUCUAUUCACAGUUUGAAAAAAAUACAGAUUAUCUUCUUUCGAAUUUUAGAGAGCAAAUCAUGGCGUCGUCAUGCUUUGGAGCAGCUUUGGGAAGAACGAGCCAAAAUGGGGCGGACCCCAGUAUUUCCAUUCAAGGUUAUUUUUUUAAAUAUCAUUCUGUUCGCUUUGAAUUAGUCUAGCUUAUCUGAGCUCUCUCAAUCAAUCCUUGUUGAGUCUCUGAGCAGAAAAAGGAAAAAUGAGUUUAUAAACUCUGACUUCCUUUCUAUCCCCGGGUCAUAGUCUACUCGUUAGGGUGGACUAAUUCCCGUUUUGUUUAUUCUGCUGCUUUCGUAUUCUGAACUAUUUUAUUUAUUAUUUUCUAACAGUAUGCAGUGAAUAAACCUAUGAUUAACUGUAUUUUGAAUAAUUAUUGAUUUUUCAGUACACAGGCAACCCACGAGUCACUCUUCUCUUCAAAAACGAAACAGCGACAUCAACGGGAUCUUUGAAACACCGUUACGCAUGGGCUUUGAUGACUUGGGCUUUAUUGGAGGGACAUGUAAAGCAAGGUAAGUAUUAUCAAAAACUUGAAGGUCUAUGGCUCGGAGUGAUUUAAAAUUGCGACCGACCUCGAAUGAUUUUCGCACGGAUGCAUCAUUAACUAUUGGAGCGAGCUAACAAAUUCCCAAUUUUAAUACUUGAACCAUUCCCCUGCGAGUCUAACUUUUUAAGUUCAGGCAUAGGAAAAUUUUGAUAGAAUCUAUAUAAAUAAAUAAAAUAAAAAUAAAUCUUCUACUAAUAUAGUCAAGAUGUGAAAUUUCGCCCAUUGAAUUUCGAUAUGACGUGAUAUUUCUGUUUUUGCUUUUUAGCAAUCUUUUUCCUUUUCUACUACACUGCUGCCUUAUUUUCAACCUUAACUAUCCCAAUUUUGAGCACUUACAGUUGAAAAUUAUUCACUCUACUUAAAUUUAAGGAACCCACGUCUACGAAGCUUCAUCGGGCAACACAGCCGCAUCACUAGCCUUCAUGUGUAGGCUUAUCGGCGUACCUUUCACAGCAAUAGUUAGUUUAUGUCCUCUUGAAAAUAACGGAAAAUGAUCAAAUUACAGGUUCCGGACACUUUAGAAGACGUGAAAAAGGAGCACAUCGAGCACUACGGCGGUCAGAUCGUCAAAGUUCCUAUCGCAGAGCGGUUUUUGUCAAAGUGUUAACAAAAUAGAAAUGAAAUCUUCAGACUAGUCAAAGCGCGAGAACUAGCCGACAAGAGCAACGGUUUCUUCAUGAAUCAGUUUGGAAACGCUUUUUUGGCCGAAGAAUUCCAUGAAAGUGAGUGAGAAAUAAUAGCCGCGAAAAAAGCUCCCGCCUCUCAUCAGAAAUUUCUUAGUGAUCAAGCAGCCACUUGAGUGACUUUGACGCCUCGUUAGUUUUUUUUUUUGAAAGUGGUAUAAUCGAUGUUUCCCGACUUGAAAGGCGAGGGAGGCGGGGCAAGGAGCGGGACGCGUGGCGUGUGCGUACGCGGUUCUGGGCGCCAGUUCAAUUUAAUCGCUGCCGACUAUUUAAAAAGCUCGGCAACUACUCUUUUUCUGUAUUUUCUACUGUUUUUUGAUACACACAUGAACAACCAAUAAAAAAAAAAUCAAAAAAGAGCGAAAAAUAAUCUCUCUGAAUGCUCGCUGGCGGUUGAAUUGAACUCGUGCCAAGGACCGCGUACGCACACGCUACGCGUCACGCCCCUUGGCCCGCCUUUCAAGUCGGGAAACAUUGACUAUAGAUGAUUCCCGAACGCAUCGAUUUUUUUUUCCAAACUAAAACUCUAAAACGCAUAUAGAACCUCAAAUCAUCGCUUUUUUCAAGUGAAAACUAGAAAGACUUAGAAUUCCCUUGAAUGACCGUUAUAGACGAUUCACGGCUAGCUUGGGACGCAAAAAGGCGUGGCCUGUCUGCACUCUCCACUAACCAGGGCACUGUCUCGUCUCUUUUCGUGGCAGGACCCUUUUCUCGACGGCUCAAGCCAGCCGUGAAUCAGCUAUAUACUUUCCGAUACAGCGCUUUCAUCCUCGGUGUCAAAAAGUCAUUUAAACCUCCUUUUUCAAAAAAAAAAAAACGGCCAUGGAGCACACAAGAUAGCGGAUGUUUUUUCUCAAACGUUCUUGAACCCAUAAAAAGUUAAAUCCAGGCGGAAACUACGAAAAGCAGUCAGCCAACAUGUUCCACGAGAUAGUGACCCAGCUGAAUGAGAGCAGAUUGGCCAUUCCAGAUUAUUUUGUUCACGCCGCAGGGACGGGUAAGAUAGUUCCUUUUCCAAGUAAGAAAUUUCCUUUCUAAAGGUGGUACAAUCACAUCAAUCGGAAGGUACAUCAAAAAGUACAAUCUGGACACCCAAGUUGUCUUUGCCGACACACAGUUCUCAGUCUACUACGAUUACGUUCUUCACAAUCGGUAAUUCGAAAAAUUCCACAAAAAGACUGUAUGUUUCGUUCACCACAACUAAAGGCGUUCUAGCAUCUUUGCUACCUUUUUUCUUUCAACGGUGGGUCAAAAAAAGAAUAAUUAAAACCUCAAGUAGAAGAUCGUCGAGAAAAAAGAGGUGUAUUUUUACAAUUCGUGGUAAACAGAUUAAAUAAGAUAAAUAAGUUGAGAAUCCUAAAAAAUGAAAAGUUCACAAGCCUGUAGUGUUAUGUUCCCAACAUUUCCUGCGAUUAGAUUAAAAACUAUUUUUUACAACCUUCUGAUUCUCGCUUGAAUAACUCAAACUGUUAAAACUUGAUGAGAAACCCUGAAAAUCUCAGAUUCGCGAAUCAGAGCGGAUCCCAUCUCUGGGUGGAGCCAGGGAUGGCGGGAAUCGGCUUCGGACCGAUGGGUCCAGCGAAGAAAGGUCAAACGACAAGGUAAAGAGAAAGUCUUUCAAGUUUAAACUCGUAUUUAAUUUGAAGCCUGGACCCGGCGGUCAUCGACCGAGUACUGAAAAUCCCCGACUGCGCCUCAACAGCAGCGAUGAAAGUCUUAUUGGAAAACGGAGUCUCCGGCGGAACCAGUAGCGGUGUCAAUUUGGUAGCCGCACUUCACAUUGGCGCUAAUUUAAGGUGGUAGACUCAAAGGAAAUAUAGAAAACCCUAAUCGCAGAAAAAAGGAGUGACUUGUGUGCUCCACUGAGAAUGAGAAUUAGAGACACCUUCAUACAAACACCGAGAAGCAGAAGCUCUUUCGAAAAACAAACUUCAUGAAAAACUUUUUCAAAACACUAUCAAAAAAAAAGCCCCGAGGCGCACCAAGCUCAUUUUUCCGUGGUAAAAAUCAAAAAAUUGAUAUUAUUCUAAAAUUACAGCUCUCCACGACCUGUCACCAUCGCCACGAUUCUCGGAGACCCAUCUUCCUACUAUCAAACGAGUUAUCUGAACCGCGACUGGAUCGCUCAACGAUUCGCUCGACACGGCGGUCUUGAGGUCGGAAAAUAUAUUAUCUUCGUUAAAUUCUUAAGUACAGCUUUCCUUCUUGGAGAAGUAUGAAGACUCGAAACUUCCCAACUAAGCUUUCUACCCUAAAAUCCUGUCUGGAAAUUUAGCCACAAGUUAGCCGAGUUUGCCUUCUACCAAAUUUAGAGUCUGAUUAUGUUAUUGCGUCGAUCUUUUAUUAAAAAUGUGGCUUGAAAAUUCGAAAAACUUGUAAUGAUCACGUUAUCAAGCAGACAUUCUGGUUUUCUGAUAAAUUCAGAGGCUUUCUGUUUCUGUUUGAGCAUUUUCCUUCAUGAAACUGCGCAAAAAAGUCAUUUCAGACUUGUCCGAAGAAAAUAAGUCACUUUCAAAAGAAUGUGCGCUCUACUGACAAUUUUUCGAUUUUUUUUUCUUACAAGGUCCUCAAAAUAACCUAUUCCAGGCGUACUACUGCUGGAUCAGCGUCCUUCGCGAGGCCCUAGAUAACGGGAAAGAUCCACUACAACUUGGACGGCGGUGUCCAACCGGCAACGUUUGA